AUGGUCGAUUCAUCAUCGUCUUCACAUCAUGUAAAUGACUACCAGAAUAAAUUUGAUGUUAGCAAGUAUCUUACAUCCUAUUACAGUGAAGUGACGCCUAACUACGCAUUUUACAUUCGUGGUCUUGUGCGUAUCUCAAAAAAAUAUGCAGCUCUAAAUUAUAUUGGUGGUAAGGCGCUAGAUUUUGGCGGUGGACCUAGUCUUUGGCCAUCAUUUCUUCUUGCUCAAUAUGUCGAUAAAAUUCAAUUUUGUGACUACGCUGAGACGAAUCUUCAGGCUGUUCAAGCUUGGCUUGAUGGUUCAUCAAACGCACACGAUUGGACAACAUUCUUUCGUUAUCUUCUUCGAGAGCAUCAGACUUCUGAAACUGAAUUAUUGAAUUGGGAAAAUCGACUUCGACAUGUUCUCAGUACUUUACCUAUUUCACGUUGCGAUGCUAACGAUCCAUCUUGUCCUAUUCUUUCUGGUCCAAGUAAUGAGUAUGAUAUUAUUGUGACUUGUGAAUGUUUGGACGUAGCAUGUCAAACUCGCGAUGCAUACAAGGAGGCCGUGCGUCGACUAGUGCGCCUACUGAAACCUGGUGGAUUGUUGAUACUUAUUGCUGCGACCAACUGUUCGUACUAUAUGGUAGGAAAUGAACGAUUUACAGGUUUACCUCUCGAUGAACAGAUCAUACGAGAAGCUUUACAAGAAGCUGGUAUAAAGUCUGAUCAAGUGGAAAUUGAGAGUGAGAAAAUUGGAGAUAAAGAUGAUCCGUUGGCAGACUAUUGUGGUGGUAUGAUUGUAUCAGCAAUCAAAUCUAACUAG